CCAAAGGGUCUCGUGCUGAGUACCUGGUGCCCGCGGCGGCCGCGCUGGCCGAGCUGGCUGGGGGGCCACCGCGGCCUGGGGGGGCCCUGAGCCGCGAGCCCUGAGCUGCCAUUCGCGCGCCGUCUCCCGGCAACUUCGGAACGCGCGCCGCCAGCACACAAUGCCCGCCCGCCUCUAGCCCAGGCGCGCUAGCGAAGGCAGGCAGUCUGGCAGAGGGAGCCACGGAAGCCGCUCGCCCGCCGGACAGAGUUCCCUGAUGGCUCCCGAUGGGAGGUUUUAUGAGCAAGCUCCGCCCCCCGCAGCCCGCCCUCGUCCCGGAGGCCAGGAGCCGGCGGAGAGGCCGUGACCGCCGCCAGCCCGCGCGCCCGGCCUUCCUCGCAAGCCCCGCCCUCCCCGCAAACCCCGCCUCGCCUACUCCCUGGACCCACCAAGAUUCCAUUCAGCCCUCAGUCCCCACUCGUUUCCUCGGGUCCCCUCGGAGGCCUUCCCGCCGGGUCUGUGGGACUUCACCACACCACUUUGGCAUAACACGUCCAAGACGAUACCCAGUCCAGCAGGCCCAGUAUUCCUGUGUGCUUCCCACGCUGUGCCGGAAUGGCGGUCACAGGAAGCGUGUGCUGUCUCGUGGUAAUUCCAGAGUGGUGUGCAGGCCUUCGACAGUGAGGAUCGCUCCUCCCGGGAGCAACCUGGCUCGUUUUCCAAUAGCACUGCAGACCCCAGACCCGUGGUCAAAGGAGGCUGUUCUGCUUGCCCUGGAACAUUGGAAGAGGAAGAAAAGGACAGUGGAGGAGGAGGAAGACCAAACAUCUGCUGCUGGUCAGGAGGACAAAAGAAGGUGCCAUGACAGCAGUGGGAGUGGCCAUUCAGCUUUUAAGCCCAAGGUGGCCAACGGAGUCUCUGCUGCUUUUGUGUCUGAGUAUUUCUUCUCUUUUUGGGACACACAUUCAUCUCCUACACAUUUACUUUACUUUGGAAUUCCAUCCACUAUUCCUACUACUCUUCAAUUAUUAUGACCAUGGAGAACCAAGGUCUCUGGAUAAGAAGAUGAAGCCUUUAUUAGAAAGGUCCCUUUCAGAGGGUCUUUUGCGGGACCAUUCUCACCAUGCAAAACUCUGGAUGAAAAUCAACUAAGUAACUUCAGAAAAGGGAAUCUUUCAGGUUGCUGGAGAGUUUCCUUCCUCAUUGUAUAAAUAACAUUACCCCUGCGAAUAUAUGUUUGUUGCAGAAAGGUAGGUGUGCAUGUGUGUGUGUGUGUGUGUGUGUGUGUGUGUGUUUGCAGCUGGUGGGGAAAAGGCUGCACUCAUGGCACUGUCUUUCCCAACUAAUACUCACCUGUGAAAAAAUAAACCUUGACCUGUAUCUCGUACCAAACACAAAAAUUAAUUCAAAUGGAUAACAGACUUAAAUGUGUAAUCCAAAAUGAUCAAGCUUCUGUAAGAAGAUAUAGAAGAAAAUGUUUGUGACUUUGGAUUGGAUAAAAAAAUGAAAUAUUAUGCCAAAAAUCAUGAUACAUUAAAGAGAAUAUUGAUACAUUUGAAUCAUUAAAAUUAAAAUCCUUUAAAUAAAUCCAUUUCAAAGACACAGUAAACAAAAUGAAAAGACAAAACCUAGACUGGGAAAAAUUCUUGCAAUAUAUAUGUAUAUAUACAUAUACAAUAAAAAUCUGUAUCCAAAAUAUGUCAGAAAAUCCAGGACUAAUAAUAAGAGAACAAGAAAUCUUUUGUUUUUUUUAAAAGGGCAAGUUUAGAUAGAGACUUCACCAAAGAAGACACAUGAUAUUAAACUCACAUAAAAAGGUACUCACAUAAUUCACUAGUCAUUAGGUAAGUGCAAAUGAAAACUGCAAUGAGAUGUAUGUGUAAAUCUAUUUUAAAAAACUGACAAAACCAAGUCGAGAAAUCAGAAGACUCAUACAUUUCUGUAGUUAUGCAAAAGAUAUAACCACUUUGGAAACCAAUUUGGUCAUUUUAAUAUGGUUAAACAUAAUUUUACCUUUAGGCCCAGUAAUCACACUAGUAGUAUUUACCCAAAGAAAUGAAAACUUAUAUUCAUACAGGAAUCUGUAUGUGCAUACCUAAAGCAGCUUUACUUGUAAGACCCCCAAAUUGGAAAACAGUACAAAUGUCCAUCUACAGGUGAAUAGACAGCUGCUGUCUUCCAUACCAUAGACACUUCACAACAAUAUGAACAACUUGGAACACACAAAACAACCGGAAAGAAGCUUAAAUGUGAUGUGCUAAGUGAAAAAUGCAAGACUCAAAUAGCUGCCUGAUGUACAGUUCCAUUUAUAUGACCUUCCCAAAAAAGUGAAUCAGAAAAUGACUCAGUGUUUGCCAGUGCCUGGGAAUUGGAGGAGAGAACUACUGCAGGGAGGUGUCAGAGAACAUGAGGAGUCAGAGAACUGUCCUACGUGUUGAUUUUAAAAGGUUACAGAACGGUUGGUGUUGGU